AAGACUCCGGUAAAAACAUGGACGGGUUCGGUUCAGACUUCUCAGCGGGAGGGUCCGGCGGUAAGGUGGACACCGGAACCAUCAUGGAGCAGGUGAAGGUCCAGAUCGCGGUGGCGAACGCUCAGGAGCUGCUGCAGAGAAUGACAGAUAAAUGCUUCAAGAAGUGCAUCGGCAAACCUGGGAGCACACUGGACAACUCUGAGCAGAAAUGCAUCGCCAUGUGCAUGGACCGGUACAUGGACGCCUGGAACACCGUGUCCCGAACGUACAACUCCAGACUGCAGAGGGAACGAGCUCGCAUGUGAACAUCCCGCCGUGCUUCCCUUCUUCAGGCUGCCGCUCACAGCGAGGACCGACGGCGUGAAAAAAAAAUCCAGCGGAGGUCUGGAGCUGUGGACGGACGUAUCGUCUGUCUUUAUACCUCACGGACAGGCGGGCAGAGCCUGUGGACUUCAGCCAUAACAGCGUCUCUGUGGACAUUUUUAUUUCACGCUGAGGAACCGUCGACUAGUUUAAUUAUUUGUAUCAUGUAUGUUAGAUAUAACGUGUUUCCUCCAGCUCCAUUGGAAACUCUAAACACAGCAGUAUGGAUGUUUGUGAGAGAGAGAGAGCUCGCCCUGCGUUUGAUUCUUGGUGUGCCUUUAUAUUGAGGACAUUCGGUACCAAUAAUUAGAAACAGAACUUCUUCCAGUCGCUACAGCUGCUUCUGAAACACUGUUUGUGGCAUUUUUUCUGUGUGAAGAAGCUCAGCAAGCGGCUACGGGUGCAUUCCAGACUGCAUACUACCAAAAUCUAUAAUCGAAUGCCAGCAUGUCCUACCACAUCUGGGUGAUUUUGUGGACCCACAGUCCUCUGCACUGUUAAGUCAAGGUGUCUUGUAUGGGGAGGAAGCAUGUCCAGCUGCCUGAAACAGCACCUCGUUUGUAAGUAUGCAAUUUGGAACGCAGCCGAAAUAUUUGCAUCUGCAGAAUAAGCAGCACAACUGGAGCCCUUAAGGGACCGGAGUGAAAAGAUCUGUACUGAGGAACAACUUGGUGUUUUCACCGCUGCUGACUCUGACAUUCACAGGCCCCCAAACAGUCGUAUAUCAGAGUACAGCCGGAGAACAAAACCGUUUUGUCCGACAUGUUUUCUGGUCGUCACUCUAUCUGCCGCCCUCCACAGUGGUGGGCUUGUUUCCUCGGAGUCUGGCACCUUUCUCUGCUUUGUGUUCGCGGUUUGUCAGAUGUCUGGGAACCUCGAUCCUUUCUUCAGCCAUCCCAGAGCCAGAGAAGCCUGUGAACAUCCUGUACGGUGUGACUGGAGCGAUUUCCAUGAAAGUAAAAUCAAUAAAUCUCUUCAAUCAGGGA